CUUCCGUGCUGCGGAGCUGCUACUUUUAAAGUCAAGGUCGUGAAAAAGUUGGUGUUUUGCCGUGUUCUUCCACCACCGCCGCUGUUAUAAAUUCAUUCCCGGAUGGAAGGAGAGAGAAUAAUAACAGGACUGGAGAAAUAAGGAGUUCAAAUCAGAUUUAAUAGCAAAAGGAUGUGUUGCAACUAAGCAGCUACAAAUUUCAUAAUGUCUGCUCUUCCGAAGCGGUUGUGUUACAUUGGAUUCCAUGUUCUUCAGGGCCAACAGCUGGCCAGUCACCUGGUGCAAAGGUUUGGCUUUGAGCUGUUUGCUAUACGGGAAGCAGAGAGGAAGAGGCAGCAGGCUUUCCGAAGAGGAGAUGCUAUUUUUAUUGUCAAUGAAGAGCGGGAGCUGAUUGAGAAAAACUUUUCACCUUCAGAUUUACCUUCAGACUGCUGUAAGCAUAAAGGGAUCCUGUAUGAUGUGAACCUGCAGUACAGAGUCAGCACAGCUUCCAAUAUUUGCUUUGAGGUAGAGGAUGUCCCUGGAAUCUCCCGAAACCUACAAGAGAAAGGCUGCAAGAUCCUUAUUCCUCCCACCACUGAAGCAGAUGAAAAUGGCUUUGUUACUUACUCUGUAGUGCGGUCCAUUGUGGGCAAUGUUAGCCAUACUCUUCUUGAUCGAUCCCAGUAUGGUGGGCCAUUCUUGCCUGGUUUCUGUGAAGUUGAAGUUGCCCCCAAGGAGAAGGAGACCAUAUAUUUUGACCACAUCACCUAUGCCUGUCCACAAGGUAGCUCACAAGCUGUGCUGGACUGGUACAAAAACUGUUUUGGUUUCCAGCGCUUCUUCAUCCACCAUCAAGAUGAUGCUGAAGAAGGCUUUCGAAUCCAAGGGGAAGACAUGGGCCUUCGUCUUACUGCCAUGCAAUACAGUGUUGAUCGCCUGUCACCCUUUAAGCCCGACUGUAAAUUUGUCCUGGCUGAGUCACUGCCAAGGCAAAGGAUGGGCCAGGUGGACACUUUCUUACAGCAGCAUGAAGGUGCCGGCAUCCAGCAUGUGGCCCUUUAUACCACAGACAUUGUAAGUGCUGCUGCAGCCAUGGCAAAGUCAGGAGUCGGCUUUUUCAAACCACCCGUAUCAUAUUACUAUGAGAAAAGCAAAGAGGAGGAGAUACAGCAAGUUGGGCAAGAUCUUCAGCUCCUGAAAGACUACGGCAUCCUCCUUGAUGCGGCAGUAGAUGACCAAGGACAGGACACUAGCCCUAGCCUGCUCAAGGAGCAAUACCUGAUGCAGAUCUUCACCAAACCUCUUUUUACAGAAGAGACCUUCUUCAUAGAACUCAUUGAGCGCCGUGGGGCUGCAGGUUUUGGUGAGGGAAAUGUCCGUGCUCUUUGGAAGUCGGUACAGGAUUAUAUGGAUCAACAGCAAAGGCCCACUCUACUCAAGAGUGAAACCUGACAGCAUGUUCAUUAUGUUCUGCUCAGAGGCUCCUUGAACUGGGAAGUGGGUGGCAAAUAAAUUUGAUAAAUAAAUUAUAACUAAAUAAUACAGUGCUGCCGCCUCAGAUUUGUUAAUGUAGGAUUAUUGUCCGUGUUAGAAGAAAGCUUGGUGGACUGAUUUGUUUCAAAUAUGUACUUGCAUUUUGCACGGUCAGCACUGGUUUGGAUUAAAGAGUUUCCAAGUGACCCGGAAGAUCAUCUAAUUAGAACCCAUGACCUGACCAUGGCAAUGUUGUGACAACAACCACACUUGAAAGCAUGUAGGUUUUUGCCUUGCUAGUUGAACUACUGAAUUGGUAAUUGAUUUUUCUUUAACAAAGUACAAAGGCCUGAGGGAAUGGCAGUUAUGCUUUCCCUAGGAAGAGAGAAAUGCUCUAUUAGAAUAAGUGACUGCUAUCUGCAGAAGCCCCACAGUCUUUGGGAUCAUGGAGUUCAAAUCUGAAAAGGUGCAAGAUUCCUAUUACUUAGCUACAAUACUCUUAGUGAAGAAAGUUACCAAGUUAGGUAAGAAAAAGUCUCAAUGAAAAGCAAGCUCUGAAGCCACCAAGAACAAACUUUGGACUACAUAUUCUUUACUAUUGGAAGAAAAUCAGUUCUCUCUGUUCUUAACUAAUUGCAUCCUCCAAAUUUGGUGUUAACUGGACAAACAGGAGGCAAGGGUAUCUGUUAGCCACUCAUACAUGAAUCAGAACAUCUUUUUAGCUAUCAGAACAUGGAACCACAGGGAAUCUUUAGUAUAGAUCCAAGCAUUUAUAUACAGAUGGAAUGUAGCUAUUAUGCUAUUUACACUCCUAAAAAGUGAAAAGAACCUGACUUAAUUUUUAUCUAAUGCAAAAAACUGUGAAUAAAUGUUGUGAUUCUCAAAACGUAUUGCUAAUAAAUCUUAAUAUAUGUCCAAACUUGACUCAAUAGUUCUGUAGACGGGCUCUUAUUUCAGAAUCCAUUGAAUAUGAAGAGAUUUAUUCAGUUCAUUUAUUUAGAUAUUACUACUGGAAAGUAGCCAUGGUUUAAUUAACUUAGUGGUUACUCCUAUCAAUGAAGCAUUGGUCACAUCCACUUGCUGUUAUUGAAUGCUACUGAAUGUUAAUGAAAGUGGUAUGAAGUGGUAACUGUUCUCUCUGUAUGUUUUCCUGUUCAGAAAUAUC